AGAGAGUGCUCGCGCAUGUGUGCUGUGUUUAUGUGUGUGCAUGUGUGUGUGUGAGAAGGCUGAGCAUCUGAUAGGUGCUUCCCCUCACUUUGUCUGAGCUCUGAAUCUCAGCCUCCUCUCUCGACUCCACAUCAGAGGGAGGCAGAGGCGAGCAGUUCUGCACUGUCUUCUGGAGAGAUCCUAUAGACACCUUUUAUCUGUUUUUUCAUUAGAAAUACAAUUAGCAGCGGCAGUUGUAGUAUGAGAAAGAAGCUGCAACAAUAUUGUGGACUGGAUCUGGGCUGUCUUCUCUAUUUUUAAAUGUGUAUGGUGAUAUUUGCUCCGCUUUUUGCCAUUUUUGCCUUUGCAACAUGUGGUGGGUUCUCGGGCCAGCUACGGGUUAGCGUGGAAUGUGUCAACAAGUCAGAGAGUGACCUUGACAUUGCCAUCAAUUUCUCCUACCCAUUCAGGUUACAACAGGUCUACUUUGAUGCCCCCACAUGUGACAACAGGAGGCGCGAGCGUCUUUUCUUGUCCGGCGAUCACUCCUCCUCAGCCGAGUUCUUUGUCACGACUGCAGUCUUCGCCUUCCUCUACUCUUUACUGGCUACAGUAGUCUACAUUUUCUACCAGAACAAAUAUCGAGAGAACAACAGAGGACCCUCCAUUGACUUCAUGGUGACUGUGGUGUUCUCCUUCGCCUGGCUAGUCAGCUCCUCCGCUUGGGCCAAGGGUCUUUCCGAUGUCAAGCUGGCCAUGGAUGCCAACCAGGUCCUGCAGCUCAUCUCCGCCUGCAAAGUGCCAGCCAACAGGUGCGCCUCUGUGCUCGGGCCCGUCUGGUCUGGCCUGAACACCUCUGUGGUCUUCGGGUUCAUGAACUUCGUUCUAUGGGCAGGCAACAUCUGGUUUGCGUACAAGGAGACAGGAUGGCACCAGUCAAGCCCUCGGUACUCCAUGAGAACUUCUUCCGAGAAGCGGGCUGCCAGCUUUCGUCAGAGGCCUUUCGAGUCACAGGCCAGCCUUGACCACACUGGAGGGAGCUUCAGCUCCCAACUGGUGGACCUAGGACACCAUGAUAGCUACAGCCAGGUAGGCAACUACACUCUCAGUGGGCCCAUUUCUUUUGCUAAUCAGAUUUAACAAUGUGACCCUACCUAAUUAUUUCAGAAAAGGCACAAUGGCAGUGGGACGUGGGGAGAAUUUGGCAAAAUGUGAAAGAUUUGCAUUUCAUUGCUGUUGCUCUGUGGUUUGCACCGUGUUGCGUUGCUAGAGCAUACACCUCUCAUGUGAUUCAGGCUGGUUCGCUGUGUAUUUUGAGAAACCACAAUAAGUGGUUCAAGCAUGCUCAAAACUCAGAGUACAUUGUAACAAAAGUAGGCACAACAGAAACAAUAGCACUGGUGAACCAGGGAUCACUCUUUUAGUAGCAUAAGACGACGUGUUGCUUUUGACUUACAUCUUGGCUUGCUUUGGUAUGUGAAUGUUGCUUUACAGUUUUUACCUUUCUGCAAGUGGUUUCUAUUGUAUUGUUCGACUAACCUUUUGUUUUGUUUAUUUGCAUAGAGGAUUUCCUGUCAUUAUGAGCAUUUUGUCUUCUUACGACGGAUAUAAUUGCAUGAAACUGCGCCGGUAAAGUUUACAUAUGCCUUUUUAUGAAAGUUUUAGUUUUCGUUAAAUAAUAUCUGGUGUUGGCAAGCCUUGUGUUUCAAAUGGAUAAAUGUCAAAAGUCUUAAUAUGUCUAUUUUUUUUUUGACAAAGUCUCCAACAAAGGAACUCUAACCUAGAUAGUUUGCAGUUCUAAUUUUAUAAACUACUUAUUGUGUUUAUUCAAGGGAUCCAUUGAAAUGGACCUGAGUGGUUUAACGAGAGCAUUGCAUAAAGUAAAGAAGAAGACAACUUAACUUUAUAGUAGACAUGUUUAUUUUUACGAUGUGGCACAUACUGUCAGGUACAUUACUCAAAUAGCCUAUGCCAAACAUGCAGGAGUACUCUUUCGACAGUAAGGCAUGUCUUGAAAAUGACUAAUGGCCUGCCAGGGAGUUACUGUAUGUUCAUAACAUGCUAUUUCUUAAUUUAAUUUACACCCUGGUUUUAACCCUCCAGUUCUUGAAUCUUGAUAUGUGUAAAUAAACAUCAAUAAUAAAAUUAGAAAAUGUUAAUAAUUAAAUGUGUAACAUACAGAAAAAAAGAGAUAUCUGUGCAGUUUUCGCUUGAUUUCCAAAAAAUAUGGCUGGGAUUACCAUGGGAACAGCAUUUAUUUAAAAAAUGUGACAGAGAAACGAGAUGAAUUCUGUUCCCUUAUUGUUUGUGAUCUGCUGUCAGUGUGAGACAGUCUGGGUCUGCCUGUAUGCUUGCCGUAAUCUGUAACUGAUUAUGAAGUGCAAAUGAUGUUGUUAAUGCAUUUAAUGGAAUGAUAAUAAAGACACAC